UGUACGUGAGCACGUACGUAGCUGUCAGUAGCAAAUGCGGGCGGCGGGUGAAGGAUGUCUCCCGUGUCCGCACCGCCGAGCUCGGAUGAAUUAAACAAAGAAAAAGGUGUCGGGGAUGAGUAGCGAAGAGUAGCAGUGAGCAGUGUGCUGGGUUGGAAUGUUUGUACAUCCAGCGUGUUCGGAAGAAGUAGCGCAGACGUCCGGCUAGCCGGCUACGCUAGCUAGCCUAGCUAGCUAAGCACACCAUCCGCAGGACGUCAGCGCGCCCACAUCCUCGCCGUACUCGGCGGUGCCUUCUCCGGCGUCGCUUUCCUCUCCACCCCGGGGGCUUGGCGGAGUCCGGGGCUGUGGCGGGGCAACGCGCGGACACCGCGGCGACCCGGGCGGACGGAUCCGAGUGACAAACGCCGGGAGUGGGAGAGCUCCCAUCGGAUCAUGGCAGAACUUUCAACCUUGUCCCCGUCACCAUCCGCAUUGGGCGAUCCCCACGCGACUCCCUCUGUCCCCUCAUCCUCGCUGGCAGCCCACACUCCUGACCUGGCCAUGGCGACGUCAACACCCAAGUGUUUGACUGAAACUACUCCCGCACCGCAGCCGGAGGGCGUGACUUCCGCACCGCUGCCACCUCAGAGUCCCUUGAAGGUCGCUGCUGAGACACCGGUGGGUGCCCUCCCUUGUGUAUGUCAGGGGGCGGCGGCACAACAUGAGGAUGAGGAGGCAAAGACUGGCGCUCAUGUUGAGCGUCAGGACCUUCUCUCCAAUGAAGCAUCACUCGCAGCUCCGCCGGAUUUGUCCUCCAGCGAGCUUACCGCUCAACCGGCGUCCCCUUCCACUGACCUUACCCCAGGCCCAAAUCUCUACCCCAGUGUGCACGUCACCCACAACCCGCAUCCUGGUGGGGAUGAUGUCGCCCAACCCGCAGACGGAGACGCUACAGUGACCGUGGAGGAGAAACCUCAGAAAGAACAAGUCCCCAAGAGUCCACCUCCACCUGUGUCCCCUAAGCCCCAGAGUCCACCUCCACCUUUGUCCCCUAAGCCACAGAGUCCACCUCCACCUUUGUCCCCUAAGCCCCAGAGUCCACUUCCCCUUUUGUCCCCUAAGCCCCGGAGUCCACCUCCACCUGUGUCCCCGAAGCCCCAGAGUCCCAUUAAAGCACAGCCGCCAUGCAGCCCCACCACCGGGGCCGGGCACCCCAGCCCGACGGUGCCGUUCAUCCAAGAGCCGGCCCCUUUCUUCCCGAUGGCCACCUCGCGCCCGGCCCCCGACACCCUCAGCUACUUGGAAUCAGCCAGCCUGAUGUCGGGCACGCUGGAGUCCCUGUCUGGCUUGGGGGAGGACGGGAGCUCGAUUGGCUCCGAUUCGGAAAUCAAUGGCCUGGCGGUCAAGCGUACUGACAAGUACGGAUUUUUGGGCGGCACUCAGUACAGCGAAAGCGGUGAAAAGGAAGUUCGGAUUGAAGUGGCCCGGCAGAGAGAGAUGAAAUGGCUGGAAAUGUUCAACAACUGGGAUAAGUGGAUCAAACAUCGCUUCCAGAAGGUGAAGAUGCGCUGCAGGAAAGGGAUUCCGUCAUCUCUCCGAUCCAAAGCCUGGCAGCUGCUGUCCAACAGUCAGGAGCUGCUGGAUGCCAACAUCGGCAAGUUUGAGGAGCUGGAGAGGGAUCCAGGAGAGGCCAAGUGGUUGGACAUCAUCGAGAAGGAUCUUCACAGGCAGUUCCCCUUCCACGAGAUGUUUGCUGCACGCGGGGGCCACGGACAACAGGAUCUGUACCGCAUCCUGAAGGCCUACACCAUCUACAAGCCUGACGAGGGCUACUGCCAGGCGCAGGCUCCCGUGGCUGCUGUCCUCCUCAUGCACAUGCCUGCAGAGCAAGCCUUCUGGUGCCUCGUCCAGAUUUGCGAGAAGUACCUUCCGGGCUACUACAGUGCCGGGCUGGAGGCCAUCCAGCUGGAUGGCGAGAUCUUCUUCUCGCUGCUGCGCCGCACGUGUCCCAUGGCCUACCGCCACCUCAAGAAGUUCAAGAUUGACCCCAUCCUCUACAUGACCGAGUGGUUUAUGUGCAUCUUCUCACGCACGCUGCCGUGGGCGUGCGUACUGCGCGUGUGGGACAUGUUCUUCUGUGAAGGAGUGAAGAUCGUGUUCCGCGUGGGCCUGGUGCUACUCAAACAGAUGCUGGGCUCCGUGGACAAAUUGCGGGAGCUGCAAGGGAUGUACGAGACCAUGGAGCGUCUGAGGAGCAUCUCUCCGGACACCAUCAGGGAGGACACUCUGGUCCAGGAGAUCAUUCUGAUGCAGGUCACUGAGGGCCUGAUAGAGCGGGAGUGCACCAUCCAGGUGAGGAAGUGGAGGGAGUCCAGAGGUGAGCUGACACACCAGCCGGGCCGCCGCCUCCACGGCACCAGAGCCAUCUUUGAGCACAAACGCCGCGCCGCUUCCAUCAGUUCUGGCGGGAGCUUCUCUUUUCUGGCCAGCUCCAUUCCUCCGCCAGGACCUCUCCGGGCCUCCUCGUCUUUACUUUCGCUUCCUGGCUUCCGCAAGUCCAGAGCACCUUUCCACACUCAAGCCAAGAAAAGCUCCUUCUCCGGCCCAUCCAGUUUUGAAGUGAGGCGUCCUCAGUCACCCCCUGUGGUCGCAUCCAACUCGGCCAGCCACAAACCGCCCAUUCCUCCCGGGGCGGGACAGAGGGCGCCCCAGGUCCAGAGUCCCUUGGUCGACAGCGGCACGCCCUCUCGUGGACCCGCUCCGGCCUCGGACGCUUCGUCUCCAAAUCAGAGCACACCCCCGCCAAACACUCUGUCCCCCACCCCGAGGAUCGUCUCCGAGCAGAUCACCCCCACCAUCCCCUCCCCCACCGCCAACAACACUCCUCUGCCGCUCUGCGUCGACCCAAAGAAGGAAGUCGCCGAGGCCAAGACCCCGCCCGUCGGGGAAGACGGCCGCAAGAAGAAGAAGAGCAAAGAGGACAAGAAGAAGGAGCGGGAGGAUGAGAAGAAGAAAUUGAAGGAGAAGAGGGAGAGAGAGAAGGCGGAGAAGGAGAAGAUGAAGAAGGAGAAGGAGCGGCUGGAGAAGGAAAAGAAAAAAGGGGGCAAGAAAAAGGACAAAGGGGGGGCCCCGCAGGCCGAGGACAAAAACGGUGCGGCGGCAGCGCGGGAUUCGGCCUAGUUUGACCGUAAAAAGAAAAGGUCAGCGUGACAAAAGACCCUCAGAGAUGGAGCCAUGCAUAAAAAAAAAUGGGAUGACUUCCUGGAUGGUGAUUUUAAAAAACACCACGGGGGGUCUUUUUGCCUCCUCUCUCCGUCUUUUAAUCUCAUUUUCACAACAUUACUGUUCUUUUUUUAAGUAAUAUUAUUUUAUUCUAAUGCAGCCAGGAACACUGAGGUGCCACAGAAGAUGUAAAUAAUAGUAAUAAUAAUAACACCUUUCCGCCUCCAAAGACAUUUCAUUGGCUCGUCGUGUGCAUUGCUCGUUGACCCCUCCCCCCUACCCCACACACAGCUGUACUACAUGGGAAAACUCCUGGAAGACGGAACCUAUUUAUUGUCCUGUUAGAUGUUGUGUGUGCCUUUAGUAGCGUAGUGUCAGUGUGGCGUGUGCGGCCCCCCCUGCUGGCGUGGACGCGGAGGGACGCACACAGCACACAAGACCAGGGACAAGCGCUUUGGAGAGGAGUGUGUGCGUGUUUAGAUAACAAAAACAAGAGUGGGACUUUUUUUUUUGUCUUUUAAAUCGUUUUUAGUUCGGGCCUCAGUGCUGACACCUGAAGCAGACGUGUAACAACAUACAAGUGUUUAUAACAACAUGGAAAUUACACCAAUGAGUAUUACUUUUUUUUUUUAAACCCUAAUAUGCAUUUUAAUUUAGCCAAAUGUCAGAAUGAAGACGAUGAAGGAUAACCUUUGCACUUGUGAGCUCGUCAAACAGAAGUCCACCAACGCUGUUGCUCUCAAAACAUAAAACGCCACCUGACCCCGAGGUGCCAGGUGUGCUCAUGUAGCAUUAACCUGUGACUCCUAAUGUAUUUAUGUACAAAGUUGGUUAAUUUAAUCAAAUAUAUUAUGGAUGAUGAAUAUUAUUAUUUCGGAUCGGACUAUUUUUCUAUAUGAGAGUAUCGGGCGCCUGGUUGACUGGAACAUUGGCCGACCGCCCGCUUUUUUUUGCACGUUGUCGUUGGCGGGAAGCUUCGAUGCUACCGCGAACUUUGUGGGAGUCAAAGGUCUUAACAGUUGAGCGUCAUUUUCUGCUUCCUUAUUUGUGCGGUCGUCAGCAUUUUAACGCGUCACUAACUAUUUACGCUCCUUGUACUGGACUGUAGACGUGUUGUCGUGACAAGGGCCCAUCAGUCGGGGCCGAGACUCCCGUUGUUGUAGUGAAGGAUUGGGGGACUUGUGUAGCCAACAUGUCCUCUCGUUAGCCGCCAUGCCAAUCCGUACACGCCUGUGUAGCGUAGACCUGGACACUUCUAUGCAAACUGAUCUUCCUAUAUAUACAAACCCCGUUUCCAUAUGAGUUGGGAAAUUGUGUUAGAUGUAAAUAUAAACGGAAUUCAAUGAUUUGCAAAUCCUUUUCAACCCAUAUUCAAUUGAAUGCACUACAAAGACAAGAUAUUUGAUGUUCAAACUCAUAAACUUUUUUUUUUUUUGCAAAUAAUAUUUAACUUAGAAUUUCAUGGCUGCAACAAGUCCCAAAGUAGUUGGGAAAGGGCAUGUUCACCACUGUGUUACAUGGCCUUUCCUUUUAACAACACUCAGUAAACGUUUGGGAACUGAGGAGACACGUUUUUUAAGCUUAGGUGGAAUUCUUUCCCAUUUUUGCUUGAUGUACAGCUUAAGUUGUUCAACAGUCCGGGGGUCUCCGUUGUGGUAUUUUAGGCUUCAUAAUGCGCCACACAUUUUCAAUGGGAGACAGGUCUGGACUACAGGCAGGCCAGUCUAGUACCCGCACUCUUUUACUAUGAAGCCACGUUGAUGUAACACGUGGCUUGGCAUUGUCUUGCUGAAAUAAGCAGGGGCGUCCAUGGUAACGUUGCUUGGAUGGCAACAUAUGUUGCUCCAAAACCUGUAUGUACCUUUCAGCAUUAAUGGUGCCUUCACAGAUGUGUAAGUUACCCAUGUCUUGGGCACUAAUACACCCCCAUACCAUCACAGAUGCUGGCUUUUCAACUUUGCGCCUAUAACAAUCCGAAUGGUUCUUUUCCUCUUUGGUCCGGAGGACACGACAAUGUCCACAGUUUCCAAAAACAAUUUGAAAUGUGGACUCGUCAGACCACAGAACACUUUUCCACUUUGUAUCAGUCCAUCUUAGAUGAGCUCAGGCCCAGCGAAGCCGACGGCGUUUCUGGGUGUUGUUGAUAAACGGUUUCCGCCUUGCAUAGGAGAGUUUUAACUUGCACUUACAGAUGUAGCGACCAACUGUAGUUACUGACAGUGGGUUUCUGAAGUGUUCCUGAGCCCAUGUGGUGAUAUUCUUUACACACUGAUGUCGAUGCAGUACAGCCUGAGGGAUCGAAGGUCACGGGCUUAGCUGCUUACGUGCAGUGAUUUCUCCAGAUUCUCUUAACCCUUUGAUGAUAUUAUGGACCGUAGAUGGUGAAAUCCCUAAAUUCCUUGCAAUAGCUGGUUGAGAAAGGUUUUUCUUAAACUGUUCAACAAUUUGCUCACGCAUUUGUUGACAAAGUGGUGACCCUCGCCCCAUCCUUGUUUGUGAAUGACUGAGCAUUUCAUGGAAUCUACUUUUAGACCCAAUCAUGGCACCCACCUGUUCCCAAUUUGCCUGUUCACCUGUGGGAUGUUCCAAAUAAGUGUUUGAUGAGCAUUCCUCAACUUUAUCAGUAUUUAUUGCCACCUUUCCCAACUUCUUUGUCACGUGUUGAUGGCAUCAAAUACUAAAGAUAAUGAUUAUUUGCAACAACAAAAAAAUGUUUAUCAGUUUGAACAUCAAAUAGAAUAGAAUAGAAAGUACUUUAUUGAUCCCUGGGGGAAAUUCAGCUAUAUAUGUACAUAUGUUGUCUUUGUAGCAUAUUCAACUGAAUAUGGGUUGAAAAUGAUUUGCAAAUCAUUGUAUUCCGUUUAUAUUUACAUCUAACACAAUUUCCCAACUAAUAUGGAAACGGGGUUUGUGUGUGUGUGUGUGUGUGU